AUAAACUGCUGCCCAAAAACAAGCCUCAGAGAACUUCAAUAACCUCCAAGAAAGCUCUGAGGUUAGGGAGACUAGUGCAGCCAAAGAAGACAUGAGGAGUGCACUGGCACUACUGAUUGUGACUCUGGCCCUGGCAGCACUCUGCUUUUGUGAGAAAGACCCCAAAGAACCCUCAGGAUCUCUCAGUGCUGACAGCAUAAAGAUUAAAAAAGAAGUUGCCAAUGCCUUUGUGAAGAGAAAGAAGAGAUCCAGCCCUUAUGAAUGGUACUUCGAGUAUUACAAAAGUCCAAUGGAGCAGAUGCACGAGCGCUGUGAAAACUACCCGCCCUGUGACUAUCUCUCUGACCAAGUGGGAUUUGCCUUGGCCUACAAUCGCUUCUUUGGGAGAUACUGAGGAUGGGAAGGUCUCUCCAUCCAUUUGGCUUGUAACACUCCAAACCUCACAGAGAAAGAAGGUUGUGGUUGGGAAGGAGGGAAGGAAAGCAUCUGGGUUGGCAUCUUCUUCCAUUGUCUCCCUAACCAGCUGGAACACCAAGGCAGGCAUUAUCCCACUUGUUGAGCUUCCAUUAACUUCCCUCCUUUCAUCAACAAAGUCUCUCUUCAGACAUCUUUUGUGGUAUUUUGAGCUUCACUAGAAGACUCUAGUGUCUAGAGUCUUCUAGUGAAGAAGACUCUAGACACUAGAAGACUUCUAGUCUUCUUCUUACUCUGUCUUACUUCCUUCUACCUGAAUCUCCAGUGCACAAUAGGUGAAAAAUGGUGAUUAGUUUCAAGAAAACCACUGCAUGUCUUAGAAACAUCACUAGAUCUCUUAUCCUCUUCUGCAAAACACAGGAGAAUUAUGGAAUAAGAAUGUCACAAUGUGUGUAAAUGUGAUGGAUCUGAUCCUGGGAUGCUUACUGCAAAGAAGGAAGAAUGCCUAGCUCUUGUUCCAAUUAGUGGGAAAGUUCAGUAUUUUCAUGUAGCAUAAUCACAUUAAAUAUGCAUCACUGUAGGAUCAUUUUGUAAAGAUAGAAGUGUGCAAAUACUCUUCCAUAGAGAGCAAUCAGCUUCUGGUACAAUCUUCUGAUUACUCUGUCAUAAAAUUUGCCUGUGUAGCAACAAUAAAUAAAUCCCAAAUGGUGUGUUUAAGGAGUCCUUUUAGAUGAGCCUUUGCAUUUGUGUUCUGCAUUUCGUGACUGUAUAAAAAGAUCUCAAAUUCUGUUGGUUUUUCUGGUUUUUUGGUUUUGAUUUUUUUUCCAACAAGCUUCUAGUGAAACUAAAAAUGUCCAGCAGAACAAAAAAAUAACCUUCUCUGCUGCUUUUGCAUUUAUGUUUGAAACUAAAAGUAUCUAAACAGCUAAAAAAAAUUUAAAAAAAGAAGAAAGCUAUAAACAUAAUGAAAUUAAAAAAAAGAAAACUAAUUCAAAGAUGGAAUGAAAUUGGGGCAGUGUUUUGUUUAUUCAAGACAAUUGGUAGCUAAAUAUGAAUAUAUUAAAAUGUAUGUGUAUUUAUAUAUAUAUAUAGUCUUCCCUCUGCACUACUUCAUUCUGUCUUCUGGUAUUAAUAUUAUAUCUUAGUAACUUUCUGCAUAACCUUCCUAAUGUACUCUGUCAGCUUUCCUUCCCUGAGAGGUGGAUGGCAGAUCACAUCUCCAAGAACAGGGACUGCUGAUGCUUAGGAAACUGGCAGAGACCAAAUCUCUCUGGUUACAUGUAAGCUGGUGCAACCUCAGCUGCUAAUUGCAAUAAAUACUACUUAUGUAAA